UCCUUCCAACGACCAUAUCGUCUUGUGCUUUCCGAAGAAAUUGUGAGACUACACCAAGUUCAACAAGAAUCAGGAUCAUGGUCGCUUAUCAUCCGACACGUCCUCGACAUGCUCUGAUACGAUCUUAUCCUCCGCGAUGGCCUCUUCGGCUGCAAUAUCUCUCUCGGUCAAUGUCACGACCUUGUCUCCAAAUGAGGCAGCAAUCUCUUCGAGUGUCUUGCGUCUGGUCUCACUGUUUGAUGAUAAGCGAUGGCAAAGAAGAAUAGCGAACAUCCGACAAAGACAUAGUAGUAGCUUUCUCCUAUCUGUUGAUGUCAGUCAGCAUGGUGUUGGGAAACUCACACGCAAGGUCUUUGCAUCACAUGCCAAGUCUGGUGAAGUGUUCUGCAACGUCGAGAGGAAAGAACGAGCCACCUGUUGUGACUUCCUCAAAAACUUACGUGAGCAAAUGCGCUGGGUCCAGCCUCAGUGAUACCAACAUUGACAAUGAAAUGCGAUGCCGCAGCCAGGCCCAUCACUCGACUUCGCAGUGCGAUAGGGAGUACUUCAGCUCCUGUGAAUGUUCUGUUAGCUCGGAAAUA